UUACUUAUUUAGUACAUGGGGUCGGUUGUAUUCAUACUACACUCUGUACUUAAUGUGCAAAUCCAGGUACUUCCGCGCGCGGUGAUUGCUAGAGUUCACACCGGUACCAACUUGUGGAGACUACAAAGAUAUCUAGCAUUUGUUUGCAAUUUCAAGUCAACACCAUCUCCAGAUUCUUCUAGAUUGCUCCCUGUUUCAGACAUGGACUACACUGGAGGUCCAACUUUGUUUCCCUUGCAUCGCUGCAAAACAAUUCACCUGGUAAGGCAUGGCCAGGGCAUUCACAAUGUUGAAGGAGACAAGAAUUACAAAGCAUACCUGUCUCCUGAAUAUUUUGAUGCACACCUUACUACACUUGGUUGGCAACAGGUUGAUAAUUUGCGUAAACACGUUCAUGCAAGUGGCCUCUUUAAGAGAAUUGAGUUAGUUGUCACGUCUCCUCUGCUAAGGACAAUGCAAACAGCAGCUGGAGUAUUUGGUGGUGGUGGCUACAAAGACAGGAUGGAUAUACUACCAUUGAUGGUGGCGAACACAGGAUAUAGUGACCGCUCUGCAAUUUCUAGUCUGGAUUGCCCUCCUAUCAUCGCGCAUGAGCUUUGUCGUGAACACUUGGGUGUUCAUCCUUGUGAUAGCAGAAGGAGCAUAAGUGAAUAUCAGUGUCUCUUUCCUGCAAUUGAUCUUUCACUGAUUGAAAGUGACGAGGAUACCCUGUGGAAGGCCAAUGUUAGGGAGACAAAGGAAGAAGUCAUGGCUAGGGGAAUAAAAUUCCUGAACUGGUUACUCACACGAAAAGAGAAGGAAAUUGCUGUAGUCUCACAUAAUGGACUCUUGUUUCAUACAGUGAAUGCACUUGGAACAGACUGUCAUCCUUUUGUGAAGAAGGAAAUUUGCAAACGGUUUGCUAACUGUGAACUCCGGUCUAUGGUGAUUGUUGACAGGAGCAUGAUCGGAUCAGACUCUUCGAUUACUAAUUACCCAGGAAAAAUACCUUCUGCUGCUACUUUACCUAGUGAGGCUGCAGAUGAGAAAGUUCUGGAGAACGAUGACAACCUCAAUGAUAAAUGAUAACCAUUGGUAUUGACAUCAUUCAUUACUGUGGUAUAUCUAAGAGGAUUGCUCAAGUACACCAAUUAUUUUUGAGAGUACGUGUCAUCAUCAUUGAGACAAUAUUAGACUCGCAACGAAUUCUUGGGAUUCUGGGUUAGCUUCUCUUUCCAAUGUGCAAGCCACAUUCUACACAACCCUUUUCUUAAUGUUAUGGUCUAAUUAAGGUUAUGAGCCUAAAAUUGUUCUUGAAAAGGGAAAAAAUAGGAAUGGAAAUAAUCUCAUCAA